GAAAUGGUCACAACCAAUCAGAGCAAAGCGUGUCGAUGCCUUUCCGUUUAAAAAAAAUAUUUUAAUAAUAUAAAGACAGAAAAGCUUCACAAAAAUCUGUUUUAUUUUAGAUUUUGAAAAUUGAAUUUGAAUCAAAAAUUCUUACAGGGAAAAAAAACGUUUAUAGAUAAAAGUUCGUAACUGCUCGGCGUGGCACGCGCGUCUGGGAAACCCGCUAAAAAUGGAGUUUGAGAAAAGCAUUUUAAAUAAACGCAGCGACGAAGCGAAGCCUGGGACAGCGGCAGACGACAGACAUCUGAUGACCUUCCACUGCCAGCACUGCUACACCGUCCUGGCGGAUUCCCUGGAUGUUUGUGGUGAACUGCAGAGUCUGGACUCGGUCAUUCUCUUAAAAGUUACAGACGAUGUUGUGGUUGGAGAUGCUGUAAUGUCCAAAGAUAAAGGAGAAAUGACAAACUGCAUCUCCAGUCCUCUUAAAUGCAGUCACUGCCACCUCGACGUGGGGAAGAUUCUCCACUCGAGCCCACCGAGCCUGGCUCCAGUUCGCUCCCUCUUCCUCCUGGACAAAUCCAGCAUCAGUUGUUACAUCCUGAACAGCAGCUCCAUGGUGAAGGCCUCUGGACUCUCAUUUGAUCUGCAGCCUGUGAGUGAAAGACUGGCAGAGGUGAAGCAACAUUUUGAAGCUCACUUGGAGAAGAUGUCGAUCCUGAAGAGCAGAUUGGCUGACAUGAGUAUUAUCAGGAACAAGAAGAGGAGGUAGUCGUCUGUGGAGCUGGAGAUGCCUUUAAAGUUUGUGGGUCAGUUUUUGGUUUAAAGGUAGAUUAGGGUUGGCAGAGAAUCGGCUCUGAACCCCAGAUUACACUAAAGGUUGCCUUAAAUCCUAAAGUUGUUUGUCUUUGUGUUUGAUAAUUACCCGGUUCAUACCUGACCUCGGUCCAGGUGAUCUUAAUGUUCUUUUUUUUCAAUAAAGUUAAUGAUUUCCAGUUUGAGUUCAUCCA